AUGGCUCUAAAGAAGUCAUCACUCUCCCUGGACUCUUCCAGUGACGCUGAGGAGUUGCCAGUGUUUACCUUUCUGAAGAAGGAACCAUGUUCGACAAAGAGGAGGCAGCCUCAGAGGGAGGAGAAGAUCGUAGUGGUUCCCACCUCAGAUUCUGAGGCCUCCUGUCCUCCAUCACCAAGGUGGAAAGAUCCGCCAUCCGUCCCAGACACAGCUGAAACCAUCACACCAACACAGCCGGUCAGGGAGCUGAGCAGUGGAAGUGAGGAUGAGGAGGAACUCAUUCCCCUGGCUGAGAGACUUACAUGUAAGUUUUUGACCCACAAGCAGCUGAGCCCUGAGGAUUCUAACUCCCCAGUUAAAAGCGUUUUGGAUCAUCAGAAUACUGAAGGAGCAUCACAUGACGGGGAAAAACAGCCCUUUCCAAAGAUCUGUGAUGUUCCCCUCCAAGACCCCUCAGAAGGGUGUACAUUGAAUAACAAGGACUCUACGGGAGACAGUCCAUGCCAUCAGGUUCCAGCCUCCCAAGCGACCUGCCCUCUCCGGAGCUUCAGCUUGUCAGUAACCAAAACAAAUGCCGAGGCCCGCCCACCUCAGAAGAGAACCAAGCACAGUCAGAAGGUCCAGGGGAGAGGCUCACAGGGACGAGCAAGCCGGAAGGAAAGCACCCUGACACGACCGCCAAGGGACAAAAAGGCAGCACCGGUGAACAGACCAAAAGCCCAGAGGCCAGAGGAGUGCUUAAAGCACAUCGCCGUGGCGCUGGAUCCAGUGCUUUUACAGAUGGAAGGCGGGGGCCAGCUCCUCGGAGCGCUGCAGUCCAUGGAGUGCUGCUGUGUGAUUGAGGCGCAGGCCGUGCCACGCAGCAUCGCCUGGAGGAGGAGGGCCGGGCCGGCUGCGGAUGGAGAGGAGGCCUGGGUGGAGGAGCCGGUGGUCCUGGUGCUGCUUCCGGCAGAGGCGUUUGUCUCCAUGAUCCACAACUUCAAGCAGGGAGGUCUAGGCAGCACUGAGAGAGGGAAGGAAACACUUCGGAGCUUUGUAACAGACAUCACGGCAAGAACAGCGGGAAAAGCUCUGUCACUGGUGAUUGUGGAUCAGGAGAGAUGCUUCAGGUGCUUGCUUCCCUUCUUUGAUUUCCUCCACUGUUUUAGUGCACCAAAUCCUCCAAGGAGAAGGAAACAGGGGGUGGCAAACGGAGAACAGGCCAAGGAGAAGAAGAAACAUAGACCACCGGAGGCCAGCACAGGGCCCGUGGUGUCCAGGGUGGACAUGGAGGAGGCGUUGGUGGACCUGCAGCUGCACACACACGCCCAGGCUCGAGUUGUGCAGAGCUGGAAAGAGCUGGCCGACUUCGCGUGCUCGUUCACGAAGGCCGUGGCUGAGGCGCCCUUCAAGAAACUCCGAGAUCAAACCAAUUUCUCCUUCUGCCUGGAGAGUGACUGGGCUGGAGGGGCGAAGGUGGACCGUGCUGGCAGGGGCCUUGCUCAGGUCUGGCGGCGGCAGAUUCAGCAGCUGAACCGAGUCAGCCUGGAAAUGGCUAGUGCUGUUGUGGCCGCCUACCCCUCCCCACAGCUCCUGGUCCAGGCUUAUAGGCGGUGCUUUUCAGAGCAAGAACGCCAGAAUCUGCUUGCAGACAUACAGGUGCGCCGUGGGGAAGGCGUGACAUCUACCUCCCGCCGUGUUGGACCAGAUCUGUCCAGGCGUAUCUACCUUCAGAUGACCACGUUGCAGCCAGAUCUCUCUUUAGACAGUGCAGACUGAAGCUAGCCCCAAGGGACAGGAUGAAAA